UACAUGCUUCCCUCCACUAGCUGUUGGCUAGUAAGCUAACCAUGCCGGUCGAUACGAAGCGAGUCCGUGGCCCAGAGGAAUCACAGUCGCCGCUUCUGUUUCUCCCCAAGAGCGCCCAAAAGCUCGUUUCCCCAAAGGAAGGGCGGGAGGACGGGCGGCAGCAUGGGCAGACGGACGUGCGGCCGGUGUUCGCCAGAUGCGGGCUGGUGAGCCAGGCUAAGGGCUCUGCGUAUAUAGAGGCGGGGAACACGAAACUCAUCUGCUCCGUGUACGGACCCCGGGAGACCGAGCGGAAGGACGAGACGGAUAUGAAGUCGGGUCGACUUGUGUGCGACUUCAGAUUCGCCCCAUUCUCCUGCCAGAAGAGGGGCGCAUGGAUCCAGGGCAGCGAGGAAAAGGACCUGUCACAGGGCUUGUUGGAGGGCCUGAGGCCGGGCGUGUGUCUGCACAAGUACCCCCGCUCGCAGAUCGAGGUCAACGUGAUGGUCCUGGAAAACGACGGCUGCGUUCUGGCCCACGCCGUCACCUGCGCCUCCAUGGCGCUGGCUGAUGCCGGGAUUGAGAUGUACGACCUGGUGCUCGGGUGCUCGCUCCGUCAGGAUGGAGCCACCUACCUCAUAGACCCCACGUUCUCGGAGGAGAGCGGCAGCUGGGUCGCAGGUCACGGGGAGAACCAGGGGAGUGUGACCGUGGCGCUGCUGCCCAGUCUAAACCAGGUGUCGGGUUUGCAGUCGGACGGGGAGAUGGGAGAGGACACGCUGGUGCACGCCGUGCGCGCCUGCAUCGAGGGCUGUCACAAGCUCUACCCGGUGGUCCAGCAGGCUCUGAUCAAGUCCGUGCGCAGAAAAGCGCCGCCGACCGAGAACUGAGUGUGGGGCAUGCCUUCGUGUUUUAUA